AUGCGAUCUUCAGCGUACGGCGCCUCAAUUCGGCGGACGAAAACCCGGGAAAAUCGAACCGAGGAAAAGCAACAAGAACAGAAAGACCAUCGAAAAUUUGUGAUCCACGAGGAGGAACGGGGCGGAGAAGGGUUUUAUAGGUUUUACCAGGUGGAUGGUGAGCUUCAAAAGAGAUCACCAGAACGUGAGCACACUGUCGUAUUGAGGGGUGACUCGGAAUUGACGUUCACCAACGAG